AUGGCAAAGGGAACUGUCACUCGUUUGGCCUCGGCCGUUUUGGUCACCUCGUCUCUCAUUGGUGCUGCUUCGGCUACAGUGUUAGACCUUCCUGUCAUCAUCCAGAGAGGUUAUAAAAUGGUUGAAGUGGGCGUUGGAAAGCCAUCUCAGAACUACCGCCUCCUCUUCGACACUGGUAGUGCUUCGACAUGGAUUGUUGAUUCCGAAUGCGCAGAUACAUGCUCCCAUAUUGACAAGGGUAGCCGCACUGGGUACAACAUCUCCGCGUCUUCUACUGGAAGAUUGACGGGACAGGAUGCUGAAAUUGGCUAUGUCGAUGGUAAUCGAGUAGCUGGCCCGACUGUUGAAGAGCUCUUUUCGACCGAUAGCUUGAGUUUCAAUGCAUCUUUUAUCGCAGCCAACGAGAGUAACUGGUCUGCUUUGCCUGCCCAUGGCUUCAUGGGACUUGCCUUUGGUAGUAUCGCCGAUGGUGGCGCGGCACCCAUUUUCGAGUCUCUGAUGGCGGAAAAGUUGAUGGAUGAACCCAAAUUCGGUAUCUAUUAUGCUAAAGAUGAGGGAGAUGAUACCGGAGGCGUUGCUGGCAAGGGUUUGCUUACCCUAGGAGGAUCCAAGGAGAGGGAAUACGUCGACGGUGACUUGGCCACUAUCCAGCUUACCACUGGUGGUGUAGACUACGAUGUUUGGCGAUCAGUUUUGCACACCACUACUGGAAAGAAAAAGGCAAGAAACGGCACCGAGAUCAAGACUCAGACCGAUCUCUCUUGGUCUAGCGUUGUCUUUGACACGGGCGCGUCGAGUAUCUCACUUCCCGACAACAAGAUUGUGGAGAUUUACGAGUCUAUUGGCAUGAACUGGACGGCUAUCAUCGAGGGAGAUCACAUUCCUCUGUGCAGCGAGUUUACUAACGACUGGUCAAUCUCGUUUGAGGUUGGUUUCUACGGUGACACCAGAACUCUCACGCUUACUGGUGAUCAGCUAGCUAUUCCUGGUUUCGCUAACAGGGAGGAUGGCUGCUGGCCACCUUUCGACACAUCCGGCUCAUCUGGGUUUGCUCUGAUUGGGGUUAGGCUACUGAAGAACUAUUACACAGUCUGGGACUACGGUAACUUUCCAAAGGAAGGGGGAUUUAUUAACCCUACUCUUUCAUUUGGCAAACUCAAGACGGGAUACUAG